CACGCUGUCGUUGGUAUUAGUUAGCAUUUACCCGUCGGCCUCACCCCGCAUUUCGGUCUGAUCUCCAUUACGAUCUUCAAGUUGAAGAUGCCGUUAUAGUAUAGCAAAUGGGAUAUAAAAGCUUGGCACCAACCGUUAGCUGCACAAGAUAUGACUGCCGAUGUAAUAUACAGCAUUGACAUCGCCCAAAGACACCGUCUCCCUAAGAUGAAAGCCUGAAUUGGCCUUUUAACAGCUUCAUACUUGGGACAUUAUAAAUAUUCUAGUCGGCUAAUUCGCCAAUCUCGCCUUACAAUGAGACUCCUUCGGCUGGAGUUAGCCCGGCUCUCAUUUCUUUUGAUUGCCUUCUUCGUUGCUUCUUCAUAUCAGACAUGCACGUCCGACGAAGAUUGUAGCCUCAACGGCGUUUGCGGCCGCAACGGCGUCUGCAAGUGUGAUCCGGCUUGGACUGGCGAUGAUUGCGGCGCCCUUGACAUUCGUCCUGCCAAAAGGGCGGGCGGUUACAAUCUGACUGCAGAGGGCACAUCAUCAUGGUGUUCCAAGAUUGUCAAGGAUCCGUGGGAGAAAGAUCUUUAUCACCUCUUUGCUUCUGAGUUUACACACGGCUGUGGUCUUGACUACUGGGCUCCCUAUAGCCGCAUCAUCCGUGCUGAAUCUCGCACUGGUCCUGCUGGUCCUUACAGCUUUGCGGCUGAGGUCAUGGGAACUUUCGCCCAUAACCCGAACGUCGUGUAUAGCCCGGCUGAUCGAGAGUGGCUCCUGUAUUACAUUGGAUGCCCCACGAACGUAUCGGACACAUGCCAGUCUCAGAGCGUCACUUGCGGGCCGGGAAACAACAACAAUGGAGAGAGUGGUAUAUCCGUGCUCAGCAGCAGAGAUCUUCGACACUGGGAGUUCAAGGGACAGGUGAUGCAGGGCGACAAUACAACCGAUUGGGAUGCCGAUGUCACGAACCCUGCUCCAUUCCCCCUGUACUCCAACUCGUGCUCGAGAACAGGGGCAUACGCAAAUGGCCAACACUGCCCUGGCCACACUGACGCUAUGCUCUUGGUCUACCGAGGUUGUCCAUUCAACUGUGGUGGUGCAGAGCAAAUCAAUGUCGCCAUCUCAGAGACUGGCUACGAAGGUCCUUACACAAAGAUUGAGCCAGAUCCCAUCUUUGACGAAGGCAACGAAGAUCCAUUCGUCUGGCGCGACAAACGAGGCAACUUUCACAUGCUUCUGCAUUCUCUUGAGGCAGAUGGCGCUUUUGGCUCGGGACCAAAGGUUGGUCGACAUGCCUGGGCUAAGAACUAUACUGGGCCCUGGACGUUUGGCAGCCAGACGCUGGCAUUCAGCACCGAGGUAGAAUAUGAUGAUGGGACAACUAUCAACUUUUACCGCAGAGAGAGACCAGAGCUAUACUUUUCGGACGAUGGGCUGAUGACGCCGCUGUUGCUCAAUACUGGUGUGCAGCCUCAGAAUAGCCCUCAGAGCUACAGCAUUAUUGUACCUCUGGGAGAUGCUGGAGUGAAGGCCCAGGGUAAAUAA